AUGGCUUCUUUCAAACAGUCUGGAAUAUUUUCCUCUGUUUCUGUUUCAAAUUCAAAGGUUCCAGUUUCUUCAAAGCUUCCCUCUACUGUGGGUUUGAGAAGAAGAUGUCCCAUUCCUUUCUCCAUGGAACAAAGGAGACCCUCCAUGGUGGCUCUCGCCAAGAAGAAGAAGCUUGCUGAUCAAGAAACAGAACCCCCUGGAAAAGUCCCGAGUUGUAAACAACCACUCAUCACCAAGGUGGAUGAGGAACUGUGUUUGCAAUACGAAGAUGAUGUGGGGAUGUUUAAGGUCCUUCUUAAAGAGGUCAGCCACCAAUAUGAUGUCAUGAAGUUGAAGACAAACCUUUUGCAGAUGUCAAACCUUCCAAACGGUCUCCCAGGUCUUCAAGUCUUCAAGCACGUGAUGUCUGAAGCUAUUCGAGUGGUUUUUGAACAGAGAUUGGACGUGGAGAUUAAGGGACAGCUUCCAACCGAUCCCACCGGAUUUUUUACCUUGAAGAAUUUUACGCUUGACAACGAUGACAGUGUGUGUAUCAAAGUUGAUGAUGCAAGAUACACUCUUGAGAUCGAGGGUAAGACAGCACUCUACUGUAAUCAUUAUGUGUUGUUGGUGAAGAGAGAGGAGGAAGCAAUGAAGAUGGAUUGA